AGUCCAGCCCGGCGCACCCGGGCCUCUCCUCUCUGCCCGGGUCGGCUGCCGACGGGACGCCCUCGGGCCGAGGCUGCAUGGGGCUCCCGCGUGGCCGGGUCUUCUGGCCGCUGCUCCUGCUCGCGGCUGUCAGCUCAGGGAUCCUGGUCGCCCUGUACUCCUCGGCGGUGGAGUUGCACCUGGGGCCCCGCACUGGAGCCAGGAACACCACGUCAUCGUCUCAAGCUUUCUUCGGACCCAAGGCAUCGAAUUCUAGGACGAGAAAGAACCUGCUCUGUCAACACCCACUUUCUCUCGCCGUUCAGCGGGACCCUCGCUUCCGGAAUCUGUUUAACCUCUCCACUCCAGUGCUGCUGUCGGGGGACGUCUUCACCCAGCAGCUCUGGGACAGCCUGAGCCAGCACAAAGCCCCCUAUGGCUGGCAGGGGCUCUCCCACCAAGCCAUCGCCUCCACCCUCAGCCUCCUGAACAGCUCAGAGAGCGCCAGGCUCUUCGCCGCCCCCAGGGAGCUGCUUCCUGGCUGCAUCCGGUGUGCUGUGGUGGGUAAUGGAGGCAUUCUGAAUGGCUCCCGCCAGGGUCAGAACAUAGAUGCCCAUGACUAUGUGUUCAGACUCAAUGGUGCGGUGAUCAAAGGCUUCGAGAAUGACGUGGGCACCAAGAUCUCCUUCUACGGUUUCACCGUGAACACAAUGAAGAACUCCCUCAUCUCCUACUCGAACGUGGGCUUCACCUCUGUGCCGCAGGGACAGAACCUGCACUAUAUCUUCAUCCCCUCGGACAUCCGUGACUAUGUGAUGCUGAGAUCCACCAUCCUGGGUGUGCCUGUCCCUGAGGGCACCGAUAAAGGAGACAGGCCCCAGACCUACUUUGGACCGGACUCCUCCGUCAGCAAAUUCAAGCUACUCCAUCCAGACUUCAUCAGCUACCUGACAGAGAGGUUUUUGAAAUCGAAGUUGAUUAACACAAAAUUUGGAGACCUAUAUAUGCCUAGUACUGGGGCCCUCAUGUUGCUGACAGCUCUGCAUACCUGUGACCAGGUUAGUGCCUAUGGCUUCAUCACAAGCAACUACCAGAAAUUUUCUGACCACUAUUUCGAUCGAAUGAAGAAGCCACUGAUAUUCUACGCAAACCACGACCUGUCCCUGGAAGCCACCCUUUGGAGGGACCUGCACAAGGCUGGCAUCCUUUGGUUGUACCAGCGGUGACCCAAAGGCAUCCAAGACUUAUUUUUGCAGAGCUGUGGCCCUGGGACCCUCAAGUAACUAAAGCUACCUUCUUGUGUCUUCUAUCAUUGAUACCCACCUAACCCCUUCCCUACAGAGGACAGAGUGGAUGUGUCAAUGUCACUGAAGACUGCUCUUUGUGGGACACCCUGCCUUGUCCUUAGCUCAUCCAAGGAGACUCCUCUGGGCCCAGGUAGACAACCCAACCUUGGUCAAAGAAAAAGACUGCUCUGCUGGGCUCAUCUUUAAAACUUAAGAGAAAGAACACUCUCAAGAUGAGACUGACCAGCGUUGAGCAUGCAGGCAUCCUUCAGAGCUGAACAUUUCCAAGCCAGCAGUGGACCGACGAGGUCAGUGGAGUGGCUCAGGGCCUCUCAAGCAGCAGUAGAAACAAAGCACUUUUCAGCCCAAAUCCUCCCACUAGCAUGUCCAGCCUCAGACUCCAAAGCAGUUCACCUCAAGGACAUGUUGGAACAGCUUUUCUGAGAAAGGGAACUGUCUGACUUCUGCCCCCUGAUAAAGUGGGAGCACAAAAGGCAGAAAGUCAUUUGAAGUUAGUUAACUGCAUAAAUGAUGGAUAACCAUUG